AUGGCACAAGGAGGGUUCACGCUCUCGUCGAGAUGGGUGUCCAGGUUGCCCGAGUUUGCUCGACGUGCCUUUCAGUAUGAUCAGAUGGAGUUGGAUUCGGCAUUGGCCCAGAUGUAUUCCCUUUGUGUGAAGCCGUCGUUGAUUAGUAAAAUGAGUAAGGCGCGGAAAAUGACUAAGAAUCAUUAUCACAGGGAUGACCCUGCCUUUAUUGUACUUCAGAUAUUUUCCUUAGUUCUAACAGUUGCAGCGUAUGGUUUGGCGUUGCGAGGAGGUUUGCUCCAAAUUCUGUACAACACGCUAUAUUCUGUGUUGCUCGGUUACUUUGCUGCAGGCGGUGCCAUUGCUACGGUAACUUGGCUAUUUGCGAAUCAUUUUCUUGCGGCUUCGAGUCAACCGCAUGAAUCUGGAUGGGAGGUCGACUGGCGUUAUUCAUUUGAUGUUCACUGCAAUGGUUAUUUUCCUUAUUUUAUCUGGACGAAAGUCAUUCAGUUUGUGCUUCUUCCUAUAGUUCUCCACAAUUCCUGCGUGCCCCGGGCAAUUGGUAACUGUCUGCAUACAGUCGGCCUUGUGAUGUAUGCGUACGUUGUAUUUCUGGGUUACUUGGAGCUUCCCAUGUUGGCACAGCAGCAGCGGCUAAUGUACCCUGUCCCCCUGGUGGUCGUGUUCAUGCUAUUGGUAACCCUUUUCACGAGCUGGAAUGUGUCUUACUGGUCCCUUUGUCAGACAUGGUGCAGUUAG